AUGGCUGAGCAGGCUGUUCGAGAAGUGGCUUACAUGGCCAAGGAGGCGCUCAUGGUGGAGCAAGCGCGGGAGGAGAAGAACCUCGAACUGGCCGAGUCGGGUCCUGCCGAGUACUUGGUCGACAACAGCGUUCUUCAGGCGCACGCGCCAGGAAUCACGUUUCGCUUCAGCAAGCGCAUGGAGGAUCGAGACGAUCUUGGGGAGCUGGCGGCCUUCGGAACCUCAGUCCUGGGCAUCGACGAGGGGGAUGGCUGGCUCCGAGUCCAGAACCCCCACGGCGAGAUACGGUACCUACCCACGGAGAUCCAGGGCGUGACUGUCCUCUCCCGGGCCGCCGCGACGCAGCAGCGUCAGGUGCGCGAGGAGCGCCAGAGGCGCGCCGAAGCGGCAGAGCGGCAGCAGAAGGAUCUCGAGGCCUGGCAGCGCCGCGCAGAGGAAGCGGAGCGCCUCCGCCAGGAGCGGCUGAAAUGGGAGGCAGAGCGAAAGGCUAAGGAGAAGGAGGAGGAAGAUCCUCAGGAUCCGCUUCGACGCACGGACGGCCGCAAAAUCGCCGGCCGCACCAGGGGUGUGCUUGAGCGGCACUACGCUGGCGAGGAGGAGGAGGUGCCCGACCACUACCAGGUGCUGGGUGUGGCGCGCCACGCGACGCCUGAGGAGAUAACUCAGGCCUAUCGUGCGCUUGCCAAGCUGUAUCAUCCGGACCGUCUGAAGAGCUCCGGGGGCGUUCUCAGCCAGGCGGCGGCUCAGCGCAGCCAUGAGCAGCGCAUGGCUCUGCUGAACGCAGCGCACCGCGUGCUUUCGGACCCCAGGCUGCGCUUGGCGUAUGACAAGACGCUGCCAGAGCCGGAUGAGGCCGGCGAUAUGGACUUCGCACCCGCCCGCGGAUCCGAGAAGUCUGAGGAGCAAUACGACUUCGACUUUUUGGGCUCCGACCGGCCCUUCCGUGUAGCUCUUGGCCGGGCCGCUCGCGCGGCCAAAGCCUGCGGUAGCAGGGAUGCCGUACGGACGGCUAUGGACCAGCUCCGUGGGAAGGAGAGGAUGGCACUCGCAGACAAGGAUGGGCAGAUUCGGCCCUCAGGCCCCACGUCCCCCUUCUCGGGACUGGGGUCGUGUGCUGACCCAGACUGCCGAGCUCACCGUCUUGCGUGGCCUCAGGUCCGGACUCGGUUUCGCGACUUCAUCUUGUCGCGGAUCCGGGCCGCGGUUCGGCGGGAGGAGGGAGCAGAACCCUGGUGGAAUCCCGACCUCGGCCUCAGGUACACCUCAGUGGGUAGUGGCCAACUGCUAUUCGAUCUGGAGCUACUGGAGAGGAUCCGAUUCCUCGGGGUGCGUAUCGCGCAGAUCUGCCUCAUAGACACAGCAUAUGCUGGCUCACCACCCAGCGUGGACGUUCGUCGUGCUUUGCGCGAGUUCACAGAUUGGCAGCGAGCCGCUUCACAGCUAUGCCGUCAUGAGCCAGCCGAAGUCCUCGUCUUCAGCGAAGUUUGGGACUACUACGAGACCUGCUGUGAAUCGCAGGAGGCAUCGAGCAAGUAUCCCGACCUGGAGCGAUACAGGCAGCCGUGUGAUCUCUUCGUGCACUGUGAUGCCACUUGGCCGGGUGCAGACGAGGAGAUCGAGCAGUUGGCCCAAACCUCCCUAUCGCGAGGUGGCCUCCUGGUGCGGCUUUCUCCCUCCUCCGAGGAGCCUCAGAUCAGUGUGGCCGGAGACGUGGAAACAAACACGAACCGGAGCGGGCACAGUUUGGCGCCCUUGCUGUGUCGCGCCUGGGUCCAGAUGGAUGCCAGCGCCUCCCGGGAGAUGCCUGGGGCCCCGGCACGGCCUUUGCAGCCCAUCCUGGUGGAAGUGGAGGAGGAUGCCCACCUGGAGGAAUGCCGCGAGGCCAUCGAGGACACGAAGACAAGUGAGCCGAAGUGCGACCUGGAGCUCGCGCGGAUCUUGGCGGACGCCCGGGAGAAUGCCCGGAAGGAGGCCCAACGAAAGAAGCCUCCGCCAGAGGCGAACAAACCAGGCCAAGCGCGGCGCAUUUUUGAGGCCCCAGUGCGUGAGGAGGACCUUGCAAACUUUAGCUUUCGGAAUGAGCAGCCGCCCAUUGCCUACUUCCGAGAUCGGAAGGUCUCUCGCACGCGAGUUCCUGGCAAGGGCCGGGAUAUCGAGAAGGGAAAGGUCUUCGACAGCUUCAAGUUCCUCACCGCCCGCGACGACGAGCCGGAUACUGCACCAGCCGCCCACAGACCAGCCUCGAAACAGGGACUCGUCCCCUGGAAAGUGGUCUACCCCUCACCGGUGGCCAUGCGAUCCACGCCGAAGGCGACGGGACGGCUUGUCGGGCAGCUUCACCCAGGAGACAUCGCCUACUGCAGUUCGAAGGAGCGGGCCGGCGAUUGGGUCCGAGUGGAAGAGGUUCCUGGCCAGAAUCUCCCGGACGAGGUCUGGGUCCUCACGGAUGGAACGGAGUUUGGCAUGGGCGUCCUGCUUCAGCAGGUUGAUGCGAAGGCCAAGAAGUAG